AUGACCCUGCUGAUUUCUAAGGAGAACAUCACCUGUCCGGCCUCCGGGCGGCCCGCUCCGGACACGAAGUCUCGUCUCCCCGUCAACCUGCUCAGCAUCUCUCCCUGGGCGUACAGGAUCUCCCACGACCCGAGCAGGUACCCCAGGUACAUCCCGGAGGCCUACUGCCUGUGCCAGGGCUGCCUGAGCGGCCCCCGCGGGCAGGAGAGCAUGCUGUACCGCAGCACGCCCGUCUACAUGCCCGCGGUGGUCCUGCGCCGCGCCCCCUCCUGCGCCGGGGGCCGCUACGCCUACGCCGAGAGCUACGUGUCCCUGGCGGUGGGCUGCACCUGCGUCCCGCAGCUGGACCGGCCCGGCAACGACACCUGGAGCCGGCCAGCGUGAGCGGCCACCUCUCCCGUCUCCGUGCCCCCCCCGCCCGUGAAGAGACAUUUAAACUCCCUCCUUCACCACAGUCAGGGGACACCAGGUAAGCAGAAACAAAGGACAGUCGGAGAUUUGCCACCUGCUUGCUUAUUUUCCAGCGUGACUUUACUCCUGAGGGACAAACCAAUUUAUUUCAUAAAGAGCGGACGUUUCCCAAACCAACAGAUAUGCUCAGCGAUCAUUUUUUUUUCUCCAAAUGUCUGAACCCGGUUUCCACUAAAGUUUGUAUAGUCAUUAAAAACAUCCUCACUGAGCAUUUGGAAGCUGCAAUUCCAAAUUCCAAAAGGAAAAUGACGAUCGGGUCUGUCACGGGACCAGUCGUGCAUGAGGAGAUUCCUGCCGCCGAUGGACAGUCGUCUGCAGGGGGGCUGAGGAAUCGAACAGGCGAGGAGGGAGCGUGGCCUGUAGGCAUCACGGCCAGCUGCUCACGUGCCGCUCGGUCUGGAUCUGUCCCAGUGCGCUCCUCGAGCCUGGGCAAGCGGGCGGCUGGUCCCUGCUCUGGAAUGCCUAGAUGCCACAGAGCAAUCCCAGUUCAACCUGCACUCCUGCCAGGGCGACGGCACGGGGGGGCGUGAUCCAUCUGUUCAUCAACGUGAUGCCAAAACACAUAUCAACAUACACAAUCUGCAUGCUUUCUCUGAAAAUGAACAAGUAAUAGGUUUAUUCCAUGCGGGAAAGAGCAGAAGGAAAACAAUGUUUCGGCUGUGGAACACC